UCAUUGAGCUAAAGCUGAAAUGGGAAAAAAAAAUAUGUGGACGGAUGCGGAAAGCAGGUUAGAGGCUGGGGGAAUGAAAGGCGGAGAGGAGGGGAGAACACUAACAACAACAACGAGGGAUUAGCCAUCAACUGUUAGUUGGUCGAUUUAGGGCAAAGCUGUGUCAAAAAUCCCCCACCAAACCCCAGGCGUCAUCUUCAGCACUGAGCUGCCAGUUUAGAAUCCUGGGAUGAUCAUAGAUGAACCAAAUAACGCAGGUGUGAAAAUCUAAACGCAACUUUGGAGGGACAUUGUCCCAGUCCGCUGCUGUGGUAUGUGUGCUGUCGAUGAGAGAAAGGCGAGAGGCUGACCAUAGUGAUGCCUGUGGCCUGGAAUAAUAACCGGGUAGAGAGAGGGAGUACCGCUGGAUUUAAAGAGCAUGCGUCAGCACUACAAAAGAAUGCAAGAGAGUCGGUGAGAGAAGAGCUGAGCAUCAUGGAGACAGCUUGAUGGACUGAAGGAUGAUAAAGACAGCAUGGAGCUCGAAGAAAGCUGACUGACCGGCUGAGUGCGUGGGUUGGUUGCUGACUGGAGUAGUUGCUUUUUGAGGUCUUUGAGGGCUUGCAGGCCCCCCCACCCAGCACCCGGUAGGGUGCUGCAGCCCCACGAUGGGAGAGACAGCAGAAUACCAGAGACUGCAGGAGACUGCAGAGUCAGACCACCAGAGCCUGCCCAGCGAUGAUGAAGAGAGACUGGGGAGUAGCAUGCAGUGUGAGGAAGGAACAGAAUGGCUGCUGGAGUUGCUGAUGGAGGUGCAGCUGCAGCAGUACUUCAAGAGGAUCCGAGAUGACCUCAACGUCACACGGCUCUCACACUUCGACUACGUCAAGAAUGAAGACUUGGAGAAAAUUGGCAUGGGUCGACCUGGCCAGAGACGUCUGUGGGAGGCUGUAAAAAGGAGAAAGGCCAAGCGAAAAACCUGGAUGAGCAAGGUGUUCAGUGGGAAGCGGCCAGAUGGAGAAUUUCCUCAGCAGGGCCAACUGGCCUCUUCGUUCCGCAAACUGUCCCUCACGCCUCCCCUUUGUUUGGGCGAUGGAGUCCUGGACACUCUGUCAGAUGGCAGUGGUGGUCCACUGGACGGGCAGCAGCAGGCCCUGACCUGCCUUAUCCCAGAGAAGGAUUUGACGCUGUUUGAGAAGCUCGGGGAUGGCUCAUUUGGCGUUGUGAAGAGAGGGGAGUGGCUGACGCCUGCAGGGAAAGUGCUGAAGGUGGCUGUAAAAUGCCUGAAGACGGAUGUCCUCAGUCAGCCUGAUGCUCUGGAGGAUUUCAUCUGCGAGGUCAACGCCAUGCACUCCCUGGACCACCACAACCUCAUCCGCCUCUACGGUGUGGUGCUCACACACCCGAUGAAGAUGGUGACUGAGCUGGCUCCCCUGGGUUCUCUGCUGGAUCGACUGCGAUGUGUUCAUCCUCAGGGCCCAGUGCUGAUCCACACUCUGUGUCAGUACGCCAUUCAGGUAGCGAGCGGCAUGGCUUACCUGGAGCAGAGAAGAUUCAUCCACAGGGACCUGGCAGCAAGGAAUAUCCUGCUCGCCUCAGCUAGCAGAGUGAAGAUUGGGGAUUUUGGCCUGAUGAGGGCGCUGCCUAACAACGAUGAGCACUAUGUCAUGCAGGAACAUCGCAAGGUUCCCUUUGCAUGGUGUGCUCCAGAGAGUCUGAAGACAAGAACGUUCUCCCACGCCACAGAUAUAUGGAUGUUCGGAGUCACUCUCUGGGAGAUGUUCACGCAUGGCCAGGAGCCUUGGCUGGGCCUGAAUGGUAGCCAGAUUCUCCAUAAGAUUGAUAAAGAAGGUGAAAGGCUUCCAAAGCCAGAGGACUGUCCACAGGACAUCUAUAAUGUUAUGCUACAGUGUUGGGCCCAGAAACCAGGGGACAGACCCACGUUUGUCGCCCUCCGUGAGUUCCUACUUGAGACCAUGCCUACCGACAUGUGUGCUCUACAGGACUUUGAUGAGCUCGACAAACUUCACAUCAAAGUUAAUGAUGUUAUCACCAUCAUAGAGGGGAGGGCUGAGAAUUACUGGUGGCGAGGACAAAACAAGCGUACCCUCAAGGUGGGGCAAUUCCCCAGGAACGUGGUGACGUCCGUCACCGGGCUGUCGGCGCAUGACAUCAGCAGGCCGCUGAAGAACAGCUUCAUCCACACAGGUCACGGGGACACCAACCCUCAUCAAUGCUGGGGCUUCCCAGACAAGAUUGAUGACUUAUACCUCGGGAAUCCCAUGGAUCCUCCUGAUGUUCUGGGUGUGGACCUUAGCGCUGCUCGGCCCAUACAGCUACCAGGACGGACUAAAAAGGAGCCUCCCCCUCGUCCUCCUCAGCCAGCAGUGUUAAUCAAGAGUAAGUCUGGUCUCUCUCAGCAGCUUCUUACCCACUGUUCCUGUCUUCUCUGUUCCCUCUUUGCUCCACUCUUCACAGAACCCUGCUAUGAUCCAGUAACAGAAGAUGAGGAUUCCACCUCUGCGGCACUUAGGAGAUUAUCUCUAAGGAAAACUGGUUCACUCAAAGGUCUCAAACUGAAACCAGCUGCGUGGGUCUCUGCAAACAAGCAGAGUGGCAGGACCCCGACCUCAGGCCACAACCCAAGAAGUGAUGUGUCCCUGAUUGAUUUAGGGGAGGAUUUCUCACCUACACUCUCCCUUUCCCCCCUGGCUGAAAAUCAAAAUCCUGUGUUAGUAAAGCUAGUGCUGCAAGCAGGCAACAUCUUGGACAAGACUCCACCUCAAAGUCCGUCUAAGUGGCUACCCCGGCCCCUUCACCCCACCCCUGUGGUAGACUGGGACGCCCGGCCACUACCGCCGCCUCCUGCCUAUGAUGAUGUUGCCCAAGAUGAAGAUGAUAUGGAGGUGAGCUCCAUCAACAGCUUGGAGCAGCAUCCUGAAUAUGAGCAGACUGCUGUCCACGGUGUAGAAGGAGCUCUGUCCUCAGGACAAAAUGUGGAAAGGGAAGCUCUCAUCUUGAAGGGUCCAGAAAGACCAGUUCUGGAGGACAACCUUUUUCUUCCCAGCAAGCACAGCCACAUUGCAUCCCCAUCCUUCUCCCAAUCUGCAGAGAUCUUCCAAGAACUCCAGCAGGAGUGCAUGAGGAGGCUCAAUGUCCCGACAGGGGGUGUUUGUCAGCUGUCCCAAAUCUCAGCCUCCUGUUCUCAGACUAUUCAGAACUCCCAGGGAGACCAUCAGGGUUUCUCCUCCAGUGAGGACAAACCUCAGAUCCCCCCACGUGUUCCAAUCCCCCCUCGCCCAGUGAAAAGGGGUGACUACACAUCUGCUCGCUGGUCGAGGGACCUGUCUGUUUCUCCAAAGCCAACUGACCCCACACAUGGUGUUUCAAGCACAAGCCUGGAACGACCACCUCAGAUCCCGCCCAGAGACCCUUGGUCCCAACCGAGCUCCCGGACUCCAAGCCCCAACUGCGCGGUGGUGGGGUCCCUGCAGCAGCGGAUCUGCUCUGUUAGCCCCUCCACCCACCAUAACUCACACUCAUCUUGCCCCUCUGCACACACAUACCUCUCCACCUCACCAGGUAAACUCAUGCCUACCACACACAGCUUCGCCUCAGACCCCAAAUAUGCUGCCCCUAAAGUGAUCCAGGCCCAGGGUAAGGACAAUGCUAGCAGAGGUCCUUGCAUUCUGCCCAUCGUCCGUGACGGGCAGAAAGUCAGUAACACACACUAUUACCUCCUGCCAGAGAGGCCGCCGUACCUCGACCGCUUCGAACGGUUCCUCAGAGAGACUGAGACCUUCCCCACUGCCGAGGACAGGCACAUGCGGCACGCCAACAUGGCCACUGUGAGACCGAUGGUGGUCAACACCCAGACAGUUCAGGGUCUCGCCCACCCGGGCGAGUUGAAGGCUAAUUUCUCCUGCAAUAAUAAUGGCAGUGUGAAUACGCAGCGAUCAGGGAUGAAAACAUCAGUUAGUCUCCCUCGUGUGUGUUCAGACGGGUUGACAGGUCUAGUGGUCAAUUCUUUCUGCAGCAGGACAGAAGAAGGAGGGAACUCUCUGGACAGAGUCCAAAUGGUGCAGGAGGCUGUUCACGGUGUGACAUUGGCAGAGUGUGAAGCCGCCCUCCAGAACAAAAACUGGGAUGUCCAGAAAGCUGUGCAUUUUCUGAAGGUGGAGCAGUUGUUCUGUUUGGGUCUAAGGAGCAGGUCCGAGUGCGUAAAGCUGCUGGAGAUGUGCGACUGGAACCUGGAGGAAGCCAGCACUCAGAUAUUACAAGAUUAUGGAUCCACAGCAAGACAGAGAUGAUGGCGGGAAUCCGAAGGUAGUGAGCUUUGAUUGGACUUUCAUCGUGAGCAAAUUGGAUCAGAGGAUCUUCUUUUACCUCCAAUCAGAUGAAUUCAGAGUCAAGAACAGAAGACAGAAGCACAAACUGGUGAACUUUGAUUAUUAGUCAUAAUCACAGUGACUGGAAUGGAAAACAAAAGAAAAGUCUUAGUCAUUGUUUGACUUUCAUGUGAAGGUUAUGUUAAUUAUUGCACUUAGUUACAAAGACCUUGUAUCUGACCGUCUGGCAGUCAGGGGGAGAAAUGCACUUUUCUCUCUGACAGAAAGAUGGCAUUCUGAACUAAAACAAAAAAAAGAUGGAAUAAUGUUCUCAGAACACAGAGUCAGCACAAAGUCCUCCACCGCAUGCAUGCAUACAUUUCAUUAAAGGUGAACCUCAUCUGCUGGCAGCUGGAUCACCACAUCUAGGGAGUUAUUUAGAAGAAAGCACAAUAAACCCCAGCGUUUAAUUGUCUGGAGGGGGAAGUAUCGUGAUGGAAAUAAACAAUUUUGCAUGUUUUAGGUGGGAAGAAGAUGUAUUUGAGAGGUAUGUGCUGCUGAACGCUGGGAGGGUGAACAUAUGUAGGAAAAUAACUGCAGUUACAUAAAGACACACCUGAGUGACUUUAUAGUUUGAAGAAUCAAGUCAGUCGCAGUGCAGUGCUGCACUCUCUGACCUCAGAGAAACAAAUAAAAACCAGACCUCUUAGAAAUAACAAAUAAAAAACACCAAAUAGUUGCAUGAGGACGAUUAUAUUUAAAAUAUAAAUACUCUCUUCAUGAGAAGGAACCAAAUACUGUGCAGAACAUAAUAUAAUUAGAUUUAUUUGAAGAAAAGAUUGUAUAUUACAGGUUUUGUGUGUCCCUGAACAACACAAUGAAUCCCACGCACUGUGUGAAAUAUUGCCGGACCCCAGGUACAACCUCUCCUUAUUUCUUCCCGGUAAGCAUAUUGCCCUCGGAGAACUCCAAUGCAUCAGCUGAAAACUUCAGUCUGUGCAGUUUUCUGCAUGCACCCAGACCAUGUCGGCAGCUAACAACGGCAGAGAAGUGAAAUUUUGCUCCAUAAUAAUCACUUCUUAACAGCCCUGUGAUUCUUUCAGUCAGCAGCUUUACGGGGCAAUCAUUUCCAACUGGAAGGGCAAGUUGGCUCACUGUGGACCAUGACAAAACUUUUUUCAGUCUGUGUUAUCGAUGCGGAGGAGAAUUUAUUAUUCAUUAAAGACACACCGAGGAAAUUAAGGCUGGAAAGAAUGGAUGGAAAACUCUUCCACAUAAUUUCAGUUAAAGGAAUGUUUCAGGAUUUUUGAGAGGAGGUUCUUAUAAAAGGUUAAAAGUAGGUUAUCUUACCUACAGUAGAUGACUUUUUUUGUUACUUGAUUUCGGAUAAAUUCUAGAUGAAUUGUUCCAGGAGGGUGAAGCAGAUGGCUAGUGUGAGAUGGAACAAGACCAAAGUAGGCUUCUGCCAUCGUAAAACAACUCAUCUCUCAUGUCAUAGCACAUUUUGGGAAUGCUGUUUUAUGAACCAUAAAACCAUGGUUGUGUUUGCAUUGGGCAGGUAAUUGAAACGGAUUACAAACAUAAGUUGUAAAGUUCUGGUCAGACUAACUACCUGAUAGAACAGUAAGUCAGUGGGAAAAUCAACAAAAUAACAUGCACUUGAUCACUUAUAUAAAUCUUUGCUUUUAUCACCACUUUACUUUUAUACCAGACAGUCACUGACAGUAAAUGCUUCACACAGGAAGAUUAUUGAUGGCGCACUACCUCCGACCCCCAUUUUCUGUAUAUAGCAUAGAAAAAGAAAAUCAACUCACCAUCUAGUGCAGACAUGACAAUGGUUUAAGGGUUCAUAAAAUAGUUUUCAUAAAGUGUGCCAUUUUUGUAGUUUGGGUUGUUUUAGGAUGAUAAAAAAGUUUUCUUCGAUCUUGGCCCCUCUUGAACUAACUGUUAGCCUGUGCCUCUGGGGCCACAUCGUUUGGAUAUACACUACAUGGCAGUGUCUGUAGAGUUGUCUGCAGGUAACAUAAUAACUGCUCAUAACCUUUAAGCAUAAUCUAAAUUCAACAAGCCUGAACUUUUCCUUCAAAGUACUGCAGGCUGCUUCUGGAUAACACCUUCAGUCUUUACAAGACAGCCUGGGUUUUUUGAAGUGAGGUUCUGUGAACUUAUUAACGGUAAUAGUUUCCCUACCUGUAGUUGUACCACAGUGAGUUUGUAGGAAAAUUAAUACAUCUUAAAAGAGGUGGAAUGCUAAUAGCUAGCACCUGUUUUAGCUGAUUUUAGCUAGUUAUUGCAGCUACCAGCCACUGCCAAACAUAAUUUAGCUUUAGUAACAUGGACCUUGUUGGAGUGAGAUAAUGGUGACAAUCUCCUGUAAAAGUAUAGAUGGUUAACAUGCACUAAUACAGUGUUGUUUUGUGUAGAGAAGAAUUUUCACGUUUUCUCUUUACUAAAAUCAGAACUAUCCGAUUUAGAAGAAGCAAACUAUAUUACCCUGGAUGUGUAAACAUGACCACACAAAUUCUGUUUAACCCACUCAUCUGUACCAUUGCUUAGAAGAACGCAGACGAUCACUCAUUUUCAGCUCGGACUGUCUCUGAUGUCUCUGAUAAGCUAAUAAACAGGAACAUCAGAAAUCUUAAUCUGCUCUUUCCGGUGAGAAUCAUUGGGGUAUUUUUUUUUAUCUCUGUAUGGACUGGUUCUGGUAAAAUAACUGUAUUAAAGGAUGUUCCUGCCGAGGACAACAUAAAUGUUGUGCUGGUCCUCUGGUUCGGGACUCUCUCUCUGCCGUCUCCCUGCUGAGGAGAUGAAACCAGGCGCAGACAUGUUACCUGUUCAUGUGCUGUUCUUCCUCCCACCAAGCUGCUGUAGAUUUGGACUGAAGUGAACCUAGUGAUGAUUUGAUUUAUCCAAAGCAGUUUUGUCCUAUUAAUAUGCCAGCAGACUGUUAAUUUCUGUGUAGAUUUUCUUUUCUUCCACCAGAUUUGUUUCUGUAGAAGCUUUUUUUUUUUUAUCAUUUUAUCUUAAUUCUGCUUUUUCAAUAUUUUUCCAUCUUUUGUAUCUGUGGUGUUCUGAAUGCCUACUGUAAAGUUGGUCUCCAUUGUUUCUGUUUUUGGCGAUAAUGGAAACGAAUCUCAUGCUGCCGAAUUUAGAGAUGUAUUUUUUAUUAAAGAGGAGCAAUUUUUUUUUA